GGGCACGGCUGUUGUGCCAUGGUGGCUCGCUAGAAGGCGGUGGUGCCUCUGCAAUGGCUUCUGCUCCCCGCUCUGAGGCCAGGCAGCUGCCCGGGGCUUCGAGGGAAGGAGGGGAAAAGCUUAGAGGAGGAGAAUGGUCUUUGUGGAGAGGAAGGAAAAACCGAGUCUAAAAUAUCCAGUCCUUUGAGUCUCUGGGAGCUUGCUGCUGACUUGAGGGCAAAGGUGGAAAAGGGCCAGGACAGAAAACUUGAGAGGUGCUACCAUCUGGUGGGCCUGCUUGCAAACUGGGGACUGCAUCCACAACACCCAAACCUCAAAGGGCCCUGAAGUCCUUGGGAGGGAGCAGGGGACAGGUUCUUUCAGUCUGGCUUGGCUGGGGAGAGCUGUGUGGUUGCUCCCUGCCUAUUGCACUUCCAGGGCUGGCCCUUGUUUCCCCUCUAAAGCCACAGCAUGAUGCUUUCCCUCCCUGCCAUAUUGUGGAGUCUUGUCUUUCAGUUGUCUCCUGUCUCAAACGAGGACAUCUGUAAAAGGAGAAAUGGGAAAAAGAAAGGGAAACAAGAACAAGGAGGAAGACAGAGCAGGAUAAAGAUGUGGGGGAAGAAAGCAUGUCUGCCAGAAAGAGGAGGGAGCCAGGGGGGCUCCUCAGCUAGUGGCCCAGUAUAAAUUUGGAACUGUAUUCACACUGGUGUGUGAAGCUGUGAGCCAGGCACAUUCCUCCAUGCAGUGGUCAAGGCAGCUCUCAGGGGUUGGUUCAGCGGGGCCUGGCCCACCUCUCCAAAGUCUGUCUGAGCUGAGCUGACAGACUUGGGAGCAGAAAUCUACUUGUUCUUCUACUGUUUCUGUGGGCCCAGCAAACUCUGGAGAAGCAACAAGGCUAGCGAAGAAAAGAGACAUUUCCUCCGGGCUGGCAGAGGUUACCUUGCAUGUAUUGGUCUUGAAGGAAAAGGCAGUGUCCCUUUCUUGGCUCUUUCAUGGUUAAGGAAAACAACCGGGCAGAGCUUGUGAUGGACAACAUCAGCAAAAUGGACUGGACAGUUGGAGGUGAGGAACAGACUGCUCUGGAGCACCCUGUCUAUGUCUGAUGAACUCUCCCCAUUCUUCCCUUGGCUGUUUUGCUGUUAAGGAUAGACGUGUCCCUUACAGCGAGGGCGGAAGGGAGGAGGAAGGAGCAGGUCUCUGACAGCUUGAUUUGCUCUUGCUUAACUUACCCAAAGAUGUCUUACAACACUUCUCUCAUCAGCCCAAGUCCUAGAGAGGAUCCCAAGGGUGGCAGUUUCUUGGAGGAAAGCAAUGGUGGGGGUGAUGACAGCAAUGUCCUGGGAGGGGACAGCCUGGUCACAGGGCCGCUGGGCGCAGUGCUGCUGGUCAUGUGCCUCACUGGGAUGGUGGGGAACAUCUACACAGUGGCAGUGGCCUCUGGCAGGGUGGCAGGCUGCUCAGCAGGCCCCUUGGGGGUCUACAUGAUCAACCUUGCCCUGGCUGACCUCCUGUACCUUUCCACCAUCCCCUUUGUGGUUUGCACCUACUUUGCCCACGACUGGUUCUUUGGGGAUGUGGGUUGCAGGCUUUUGCUCAGCCUGGACCUCCUCACCAUGCACGCCAGCAUCUUCCUCCUGACCGCCAUGAGCCUGGAGAGGUACUGGGCGGUGGCCAAGCCUCUGCGGGCCCGGCGGGCCGGCAACGCCUGCCGCAGACUGGCCAGCGCCAUCCUCUGGCUCCUCUCGCUCCUGCUCACGGCCCCCAUGAUGGCGAUGACUCAGCUGCGGCAGGGGGACGGCCCCCAAAAGCGCAUCUGCGUCCCCACCUGGACGCCAUCGGCUUUCCGGCUCUACCUGACGGUGCUGUUCGCCACCAGCGUCCUGGCACCCGGCGCCGUGCUGGGCAUCGUCUACACCCGCCUGGCCCGGGCGUACCAGUCCUCGGCCUGGCGCCGGGGGCUGCCGGUGGCCGGCCGGGCCCCUGCGCGGCGGCUCCUCUCCAGGAUCUCCGCCAUCGUGGUGGCCUACUGGGCCUGCUUCCUCCCCUUCUGGGCCUGGCAGCUGGCCGGGCUGUACCAGGGAGAGGGGCUGGGCAUCGGCCCCACUGCCCAGGCCUACCUUAACUUCGGUGUCAGCUGCCUGGCCUACGGCAACAGCUGUGUCAACCCCUUCCUGUACACCCUGCUUGCCAGCAGCUACCGCCGGCGCCGUGGCCGCGCUGGGACGGGCGAGGCGCGGCCUGCAGCACCCUCUCGGCAGGCUGUGGGAAGGCACAGCAUCCCCCCGGCUUUCAGGGAGUUCUCGGGGUCUGUGAGGGAAAGUGGGCAGUGAGCAAGCUGGGGGCAUCCGACCUUCAGCUGGGGUCAUCUUGAGAAA